AUGUCAGAAUAUGUUGAACCAAAUCCGGAACCCGGCAAAUUUUAUCGUGGAUUGAUUCAACAAUUUGGAGGACCAAAUGCAAAGAAACUCGACAAGAAUGACAUUCUCGAGCUUAACCGUCUUUGCGCUGAAAAUAAAUGGGACAUGGUCAACAAUGUGCCACGUUCUUUUUGGCUUAUGAAUGCUAAGGAUAGAGCAAUUGCUUACAAAAUAUGGUUUAAAAUGGAUGUUCGCAAUCCUUAUAUCGAGGCGAAGAUUUUUCCAGUACUUCACAAAUGGCCGAGAGCUACUCCAUAUAUUAUCGCUAAUCGUUUCAUUGUGAUUACUGCAAUGUUUUUUAUAGUAUUUGAGGAUUCCACAAAUGGUGAUCAACCUGCAUUGGAUGGGGAGCUUCAAGUUGACAUCUCUGAUGCUCUUUCUGAACGUAAUAAAGUUAAAUAUACAGUCCAUACAAAAACGACAUUUCCUGAAUUUUCAAAAUCUGAAAUUUCUGUCGUUAGGGAGCAUGAUGAGUUUAUUUGGCUUCACACAUGUUUGGAAGACUGCGAAGAGUAUGCCGGGUUUAUUAUUCCGCCAGCACCUCCGAGACCUGAUUUUGAUUCUUCUCGAGAAAAACUUCAAAAACUUGGAGAAACUGAAGCUACAAUGACUAAAGAUGAAUUUUCUAAAAUGAAGCAGGAACUUGAACAAGAAUAUUUGGCACUUUUUAAGAAGACCGUUGCAAUGCAUGAAUUUUUCUUAUGUCGAUUGGCAGCGCAUCCAGUUUUUCGUAAAGACUCAAAUUUUAGAAUAUUUUUAGAAUACGAACAUGACCUUUCUGUGCGUGGUCGAAAUAAAAGGGAAGUUUUUGGUUCGUUUUUCAAACGUUUUACUCAAACUGCUGACGAGGUGCUACUUUCAGGACAGAAAGACGUCGACGAUUUCUUUGAAAGCGAAAAGAAUUAUAUGCUUGAAUAUUCUACUCACAUUAAAGAGGCGAUGAUUAGAUCUGAUAAAGUUUGUCGACUUAGACAAAACGUUGCUGAUUCUUACACGAGAAUUGCACAUGGAUUGGAGAAAUUCGGACAAUUGGAGGGCGUUGGAGGUGAAAAGGAAUUUGGACGUUUUCUGAUGAGAACUACCGAAUUAUUUGAGAAAAUGAAGAAGGCAGAAUCUCGCGUUGGAACAGAUGAGGAAUUGAAAGAGGCGGAUACUUUUCGUUAUUUUGUGCGUGAAUCUCAGGCAGCGAUGGAUCUUCUCUAUCGACGUCGUCGUUGUUUAGCCAAUUAUGAAGCGGCUAACAAAAAUUUGGAACGAUGUCGUGCCAGAAAUCGUGACAUUCAAAAGGCGGAAAAGGAGCAAGAAGAGGCCUGUAAAAAAUUCGAGGAUAUUAGCAAAUUGGCAAAAACCGAGUUGUUGGAGCUUAAAAAUACUCGAAUUUCGGCAUUCAAAAAGAAUUUAGCUGAUCUGGCUGAUCUUGAAAUUAAACAAUCAAAUGUUUGUUUUUUAUUUAAAUAUCAGAUUAUUUCUUUUAAGGCUAAAAUUUCCCUUCUCCAAAAUGCACUUCGAUCUCUUAAAUCUACAAGUGAAGGGGAGGGACCUUCAACGACCCCAGCCGUUUAA